AUGCCAUUCAGUUCACCUACUAGAGGCUCAAGAAAUUCAUUCAUUGAUAGAUAUGUCAAUAAUGUCGAUGUUCAAGAUGAUAUUAUUCUAAAACCGCUGUCGCCAGCAAAAAUUAACGCAUCGAAUAGUACAAAGAGACCUUCAAUAAAUAGUAACUUUAAAGAUGCCGUAUCAAAAUUUAGUAACAAAUCACAAAUGGAUAUUGAAAAUUCCAAAGAAAAUUUACCACCAUUUAAAAAGUCAGGGCAUGUGUUAAAAAUUAAAGAACCUAGAGUCACACCUACAACUGUUGCUGCCAAGAUAGAUAACAGUUCCUUGAACGCCGAACAAUUGAAAUACUAUGAUUUUCUAUGUAGAGUGGAAGAAAUUAAGCAAUGGAUAGAAUCAGUAAUUGGAGAAACUUUGCCUCCAGCUAUCGAAUUAGCUACUGGAGAUAGUCUCAGAGACGGUGUUUUUUUUGGCCACUCUAGCACAAAAAUUAAUCCUAACCUUAUAAAAAGUAUAUUCCCAUCUUCAGACAAGUUGCAAUUCAAACAUACUCAGAAUAUUAAUGGUUUUUUUUCAUUAGUUGACCACGUCGGCGUCCCAGAUUCCUUCAGAUUUGAAUUGCAGGAUUUAUACAAUAAGAAAGAUCUUCCUCAGGUCUUUGAGACAUUAAAUAUUAUGAUUAGCAUUAUAAACAAAAAGUGGCCAACAGAUACACCAAUGUUACAGAAUUUAACGAACCAAGUCUCUUUUUCAAAAGAUGAUAUUAACAAAUGUAAAAGAACUUGGCCAAAAAUACGUAACUUCAAAUCUUUAGCUACUAGCCCAACGGCAUCUCCCAAAAGAAAAGCAGACAACCUAGAUAAACAGGCUCUAAUCCAAAAUUUUGAUAUUUAUUCUUCUCCAAAGAGAUAUCUUAAUGAUGUUGCUGUCACUCCUAUAAAAGAAAUUCCAAAAGAAAUUUCAUAUCAAACACCAGUAGAAGAAACGCACAUGGCAAAUCAAAUAUCACCAGUACGAAAUGAAGAUACGGAAUUUACAUAUUCGAAUUACAGAGGUUUGUAUGAUUCACGAGUUGAUAAUAAUACUAUUGCCUCUCCGCAUCUGAAAUAUAAUGAACUAAAAAUGUCCAGUUUAUCAUAUCACUCACCCAGUAUAUCAAGAUAUCAUAACGUGAGUUCAGAAUUUUUUCUAAGAAGAAGUCAACAAAGGGAACAAAACCUGGAAUAUUAUCAAACUUAUGCUUAUAGUCCUUCUCGUUAUUCCCCUCGUAAGAGAACUGUUAUGUCAGAGAAUGACUUCUUGGAUAAAUUAAUAGAAAUACAGAGCGCUUGUAGGGGAGUGAAUACAAGAUUCAGUUUAGCAUUAAGAAUCAGAUUGGCUAACUUCUAUGAAGAUGAUAUAUUAAACUUUCAAUCCAAAAUUAGAGGAUAUUCAUCUAGAAAUGAGUUUGCAACUACUAAGGAUGUUAGGGUAGCUCAAACUAGUACAGGUGAGAUCAUUCAAUUGCAAGCGUAUGUUAAGGGUGAACGUAUUAGAAAUAAAUUGGAUAAACUAAGAAUUAAAUGUUAUAGGCAUGAAUCUUCUAUUAUGUUAGUGCAAAAUUACAGUAAAGGUUUAUCUCAUAGAGAAAUGGCAAAAGCUCGAUUACAAAUUUUAAGUAUCACUAAGGCUCCAUUAACAAUCCUUCAAGCUAAUAUAAAGGGGAAUAAAAUAAGAAAGGAUAUUGCCCCUACUAUAUUCAUGGAAAAUGCUUACGAAGAAAAUUUGAUUCAAAUUCAAUCAGUCCUCAAGGCAUUACUAAUGCGUAAAGAAUUAGAUAACUACACCAGCACAUUACAUCAAAGCUAUGAGAAUUUAGAGUUAAACUUUCAAUCUCUCUGUAAGGGCUCUUUAAUACGAAGAAAGUUAUUGAACGUCAAGAACAAAGCUAAAUUGAAUGUUACUCUGAAUAACUCUAUAGUUGGUUUAAUUAAAGCAAAUUUUAUCAGAUUAGGAAUUAAGAAUAGUAUUAAAACAGCAAACGUUUACUCUCCUUCUACAAACGUAUUACAAGGAUAUAUUAGAGGUAUCUUAGUCAGAUAUGCCCUAGACUUAGUUGAUGACGUCGUCGAAUCGAAAAAUAUAGAUCAAUUUCAAAGUUAUAUUAGAGGUUCUAUUGUAAGAAGCGAAUUAAAUAAUAGAAACUCGUACUUUGGGAAGCAUUCCAUUUCAAUAAUUAAAAUACAAAGCUGGAUACGUAUGUUUAAUCAAAGGUCGGCUUUUAGAGAUCUGAUGAAUUCACCAAAUCCGUCUUUAUGGAGUGUCAAAAAAUUUGUACAUUUAUUAAAUGAUAUGCCAAAUGUUGAAGAUCUUCAAAAUAAACUUGAAAGUAACCAAGCAGCUUUAGAUUCAGCAAAUAUGAAAAAAGAAAAGUUGGAAAAGGAUAUGAAACAACAAAUGGAGAUGGCAGAAGUCCUCAGCAGGUUUGAUAUUGAUCACUCGCUAGUGAAUAAACUAUCUAAUGUUCAAACUCCCACUUUAAAAUAUGGUUCCUUCGAAAAAUUAUUUUAUUUACUUCAGGUUGAACCUAAUUAUUGGAAAGACAUGUAUAUUUGGGAGCCUGAAUUUGCUAAAAUGAAUAUUUACGUUUCAUAUAGCACUGUUAAUCAACGAAUGGGACAAAGGGAAAAGGUAUAUUUCAUGAAAUUGAUCGUAGCUAUUGCUCAACAAAACUUAUCAGAAUGCUCUUCGUUAGUUGAAUUUUUAAAUUCUGACAACUUAUUUUGGCAAGAAUUGUUAUCAAAUUUCUUGAGAAGGGAAUACCCAGAAUUGAUUAGAUUAUUCAUUCCAGUACUUGACUUCCUCAAAAAUGAAGAAGUAGAGUUUACGAGCGAUCCCAUUGAAAUUUAUAGAAAUAUUCAUUUAACUGAGUCUCCAACUGAAGCAUUUGCUAUCGAAGACUCAGAGACUUCUAAUAAAUUUAUCUCGAACUUGAGCAGUAUAUGGCAUGCAGUUGAACUAAUAGCAGAAAUAUUUUCCUCUAAGAGUGAAGACAUUCCUCAUGAAAUCAAAUAUAUGUGCACGAAACUAUAUUCAAUUGCCUCAAGUACUAACGAAGAUAGUAGAGAAGUUCUAAAAAUGAUUUCUAAAGUUUUAAUAAAUGCUUUCUGUUCAGAAUACCUAAGAAAUAACAAUUAUUAUGGUUUUAACACUAGAUUCCAGGAGUCACUUGAUGUCAAAAUUGAAGUUCUGUUGAAAUCACUAUCAACUGUAUUUUAUUUAGAAACAUUUAGUGGAUUUUAUGAACCACUUAAUCAAUAUUCUGCUGAAAUUAAGCCGUUCCUGCAAGAUUUACUACGAAGUCUAAUGCUUGAUAAAUCGUAUACGCUUGAAUAUGAUCACCUAAUUUAUGAAGAUAUGUUAUCUUCAAGACCAAAGUUAGAGAUUCUAACAGACAAAGUUUUUAGUAUAAGUAAAAUGUUCCAAGAUUAUUCCAAGUUUUUCCCAAGUGAUGAUAUUAUUUUAGAUGCGUUAAACCAAUGUAGAGAUGAAAUCAAAGAAUUAAGAUCUGGAAGAUUAUUAUUAGAAUUGAAUACAUCGUCUUACAGAUUUUUGGCAAACGAUGAUAAAAUGAAAGGAAUUUAUGAACAGGUUAAAAGAGCAUUGAUUUAUAUGAUGCAAGUUGAAGAAGUGGAUACGAACCUUUAUGAUUUAGCGGUAAGUACGGUUUUACCUCGUGAUGAACCAGUCUUUCAUGAUUUUAUCGUUUCUCAUCCAACAGUUUAUUCUGAUGAUAUAGUUCAAGAUUUAGAAUCUCCUAAAUAUUUCAGUUUGAAAAACUUGGCGUUAACUCUAAUAAAUGAGUUAGAAAAUCAUGGUAUUUUAAAUUCUUCAGAGAAUUAUUUACAAGAUGUGUUAAAUGACAUUGCUGCAGUCAUUAAAGAUCCUAACUAUACUGUUGAAUAUAUUCAAGGUGAACUUGAAGUAACAAAGAUUACGUUGAACCAAUUAAAUGAGUUUAAUGUUCAAAUUAACAAAGAUGUUCAAUUUAUUAAAACGUUAAUUCAACAAAUCCUUGAUAAAUUCUGUGCUUCUAAAAACUUUACUUCCUCAAGUAAAGGAACAUUUGAUUCUAUUAAAGAUGUUUACAAGAAAACACAAGUAAGAGAUCAAAGUAGUCAACGAGGAUUGAAAUUUAAAUGGAGUACAAGGCAGUUAUAUGAAGCUGGUGUGCUAAAAAGCAUUGAAGGCGAGAAGUUGGGCGAAUUAACAAUAAAGGUGUUUGGAUCUAGUGGUCCAAAAUUCCCAGAUAUUAAUUUUAAAAUUUCAACUGUUAAUGGUAAGCAUUUCACAAUUAAGAUGAGUGACAAGCACAAAGGAUCUACAAAACUUUACCAUAAUAUGGUAGAUUCUUUUGCUUUUUUUGAUCUUUUAAAUUGCCAAGUAGGUGUAAAAGUUUCACAAUGGCAUUUAUUUGAUUCUAAAGUAACUUUUAACACUAGUGAGCUUCUUAAAUUAAUAUCAACCAAUUUUUAUAAUAGAGAGAAAGAUAUAUAA